AAAGAUGCAGAGGAGUCGCCCGAACCCAUGUGUUUCGAUGAUGCAUGAAAGUUAUUUCAGAAAUCGAAUUCGAAAAAUAAAACCAUUCCUCUGACGUUCCUAGUAGAGAAAUAAAGUGCUGAGAAUGAUGUCGCCAGCUGAGCAGUUUCAUUUGGUCGGAGGAUCGGAUGCCUACCAGUUGGCGGCGAGCACUGGCGGAGGUGGUGUUGGUGGAGGUGGAAGUGGAGUUGGAAUCUCUGGAGGCAGUGGGUCUGGUGGACAUACCUCAAGCGGUGGCGGUGGCGAGAAGUUAAAGGAUGUCAACGACAAGUAUGUCCAGGCACUUUCACAUUUCCUCGAAUGGCACUCCAAUGAGACGAUGGAUAUGGAGCGUCUUAAUGGUCCGAUCCUGAAGUCAAGCAUCAAAUCGGUUUAUUGGCUAUUUCUUAUCCAAUAUGCAGCCCUUGCAUUACUGGGAGUGGUCCUAAAUGUGAUCAUUGUAGUGUAUAUCAUGUACCAUCGACUCUACAAGGAUGUUACCCAUGCUUUCAUCAUCAAUCUGGCCUUGUGCCAUUUCGUCCAAUGCGCCCUUGUCUUGCCCGUCUCCUUGAUGGUCAUGCUCAUUCAGAAUUGGAUUUUUGGCCAGUUUUUGUGCUUUUUUCUACCCAUGCUGCAGGACAUACCCCUGCAUGUGGCCAUGAUCUCGCACAUUCUCAUCGCCUGGGAUCGGAUGCGUUGGCUAAACGAUCCCCUAAAAGGUCGACUACCGGGAUUCGUUUGCUGCUGUGCCACCUGGUUGACCGGAAUGGUGAUUGCCCUGCCCUACCCCAUCUAUACCAUCUACGUGGAACUCGGGGACUAUGCUCCAGAGCUAUCGGGAAUCGGAUUAUGUGUGGUCAACCUAAUGGACGACAUGCAGGAGUAUACCCGCGGUCUCUUCCUGCUAAUGUACUGCGGUCCAGCCAUCCUGCUUUCCUAUCUGUAUAUCCGUACCUCCCAAGAGCUCCGACCGCCCGACGGACCCUUCGCCGUGAUGAUGUACGAGCAUCGAGCGGACCUGCGGAUGCAACAGAGGAACUCCUCAACUUCAUCCGUGGAACCGCGUCAACUAAGCGGUGGAGGCGUAGCUGGUCUGAGCAAUGGAGGCGGUAGCUCUGCUCGCUCCUACGAUUUGUAUAGUGCCGAAUUGGAUGUUCACCGGGAGAAACGGAAACAGCGAAACUUUGGAAGCAUGGCUGCCACCCAGGUGGUAUGCAUGUGUCCAUUGAUGAUCCUUCGCUUCGCCAGGCUCUCACUGGAGGAGACCUACGAGAAUGCCAAACAUUUUGACUUUACCUAUUUAAUGUUCGUUUGGGUAGCCUUCCUGCCCACAGUCAUCUUUCCAUGCAUCUAUGCCUCGCAGAUAUUGCCCAGAGAUGAAAAGGAGCGCCUGAGGGGCUAUUUCCGGUUAUCCUCCAAGCGCAAACAGAAAACCCAGCGACGUAGUGAUGGUGGCGAUGGAUCCGGUGGUGGGGAUUCUAUUGAGAAGGACGAGGCCUCCAAUACGACGAGUGUUCAUCAUGGCUCUGAGUCGCACAAACACUCAUCAAAAUUGCGACACGAACGAGAAGUGCGUCUGCCAGGACAUGGAUCAUCGGCUGGCGGAGAUCGUUACACAGGAGCACCGUAUCGUCAGGGCAAGGAUAGGGAAAGGGAUAGAGAUAGGGAUAGGGAUAGGGAUAGGGAAAGAGAUAGAGAUAGGGAACGUGAAAGGCAGAGGGCUGGAGGUCGUGGAGCUGGCGAUGCCGGAGUGGUCAACAAUCUGGGUAAGGAUGUGCGUGGCAAGAAGCACGAUGUCAAGAUUAAUAUAAUCUCUGAUGGAGGUGGUCAUGGAACCACCAGUCAUGCCCAUUCUGCCCAUCGCAAACAGCAGGGCAGCGGCAGCAGCAGCAGCAACAACAACAACAACAACAAUCGGGGUCGCCCCAGUCCUAACCAGCGGCAUGGCAGCAAACUGACCGCUGACUGUCUGUCCAAUGUAACCGCCUCCACGUUUUGCAAUGGCAGUGGAAGUGCCAGCGGUACUGGUAAUGGACUUGGCAGCGUUCUAAUCCCGGACGACAGUAGCACCAGUAACUAUGGCGAUGGCGAGGAGAGCUCUGUUGUUAGCAGCAUGAUGGUGCCGCCGCAACGCUGGCCCGGAUCAGGCGGUGGUGUGCUGCGACAUAAGGAUGUGUCGUUUAGUGAAUGCAGCAGCACCUUCUCGUCGAGCACUUUGGAUCGGGAUCUGGAGAUCAUGGAUCAGCUGGAACGGGAGCGCAGCAUGGACAUUCAGGAGAUGCUGCAGCGGGAACGGGAACGGGACAAAGUACGUCGCCAACUGCCGGACAUCGAGAAACUCUAUGCGCAACGUUCGCCGAAGGGGAAACGUGGUGAGGCUGCUGGAACCGGAGCUGGAUUAGCCCUGGUCAUGCCCGGCAGUGAUCCACUAAGCAGUCUUUCGCAAUCCCAAUCGUUGUCCACGGAAUACAGCCUGUGCUCUACUCUAGAGACCAGCGGCGGUGGUGGUGGCGGCGGCGGUGGAGUAUCAGUUGGCCACGAGGAGGUGGUGCUGCAGCAUCAUCUCGAAGAAGUGGAGGAGGAGGUGGUGCCGCCGGACUUCUAUGAUAGCUAUACACCGGGCGGCUCUCAGAAUCUACCGCCCAAUUCUGGUGGCGUGCCGGUGGCCACCGCCGUUGUUCCCGCCUAUCAGUACCAAUACAGUCGCAAUCGGCUGAGCCGGAAGAGUUCUGGUUCCGGUUCGGGACAUCACCACCAUGGCCAUCAUCAUGGCCAGCAUGGCGGCGGUGGCGUUGGGGGCGUGACCGGUGGACGAGGCUCCAAGCGGGACAGCUUCAAUUCGCUGAACGGCACGGAUCUAAUAGCCGGCGCCUUCUGCGAACUGGAUCCCACGCAACCGCUGAACAAGAUGGCCGUGAUCGAGGGUCGAAUGCGACGAAGUAGUCCCCGCAAUGCUAGCUUCAGCUCCGGAUCCGGAGUUUCUGGUCGAAGUUCAAUGAAAUCCUCAUCGCGGGACUAUGACUACGGACACGGCUCAUCCUCGCAUUCUGCCCAUCCGGAAUUGGAUUUCAGGGAGAACAUUUUUGCAGAGCUGUAAGAUGAUAAUUGAAAGAUGUUAGUAGAAGGGAAACGAAAAGCUUUACGGUUACGGAUUUUUGCCAGAAGUUGUGCAGCUACGGGAGCUAUCUGUUUAAGUAGAAGAUUUUCGCAAGAAGGUGUUUUUUUUUUUUUCGUAGGCUAUGGGAAUGGGUGGGUGGGACUUUUUCUAACCAGGAGGCAGUUGCUCAUCAGAGAACAAAAAUCUAAGAGAGGAUUACGAAUAUACUUGUAAGGAACUCCAGGAAUAUGGAGAUUUACACCUAAAUGAAUAAGAUAUAUACAUAUAUAGAUCGAGUUAUUGGAAUACUUCGCCCAACUGGUUGUUGACUAAUAUGUUUGUUGAUAUAAUAACGAUCGACGUGGAGAUCAGAGAUCAGAGAUCACAGAUCACAGAUCAUCGAUCGCAGAUUGCAGUUUAGAGAUGCAGAGUUUAGGAGAGAAGUUAAAACUGUGCCAAGAAACAGAUGAAGGGGAUAAAGCACUCCCUUAAAACAGAUAAUAUAUAUAUAUCUAGAUAUAUAUAUAAAACUUUUUAAAUGUUGCUAACUUUGAUGAUGAAGAGAUGAUGAUGCAGGGGCAGGGAUGUGCCAGUGUUUUUAAACUUUCCCAAGCUACAUACAUACAUAUAUGGAUAUAUAUAUAUACAAUACGAUAUAUAUACACUAGACAUAUGCUAAGACAUAUUGAAUAUUACCAAAUCAAAUGCAAAGUUUAUUGAAUGUUAAAAUCAAAGUCUAAAAUACAAAUUAAUUGAAAGAAAAAAUACAAAAUCGGGAUAAAACCAUAAAAGUUAUAGCUCUAAGACAGGCCAAUUCUUCUGAGCCCCAAAGAAUUGAGCCCACACAUACACAUAUACACACACAAAGAACACACAUUGUUGGGCCUCCUCCAGAUUUGGAUACUGAUCCUAAAUCCUGGAUCCUGCCUAGAUAUAUAGACCUAUAUUAUAUACUAUAACCCUAUUUGUGCAAAAGUGUCCGUGCGUGUGUCUAGUCGAUAAGUUCAUUUUUUCUCUGCCCGCUCCGCUGGCUGUUUGUUGUGGUGGUUCGAUGGGGUUUUCAGUGGGUGGUAAGGUGGUGCUGCCAAUGGUGUGAGCAAAAAACAAAAUAAAGAAGAAAACUAAUAAAAACAAUUUUUAUGUGAGUUGAACACACAAAAGCAAAUCUCUCAUUGACAGCGUUUUAUUUGGGAGUUGUUCAUCAGUGGAGGCCAUCAAAUCCCUUUUUAGCCCAACUCUCUGUGGUCCAUAGGUAAGCCUACACUGGGAGAAAGUGGGAUGUGUGUUUUAGGAUUUUAUUUAAGAUUUUUGGGAAAUUGAUUUCUUGUUUUGAAAGUAGAAGAAUUAGUUAAAUGGUUAAAAAUUGCUGAAGAAUGAAGCUGCUUUGGGUUAAA